AUGAAUAAAGAAAGACUAUUUACAUGGCAAAAAAUUGCUUCUUUUUUUCAAUCAUCGAGCACUUUUCAUCCUUAUCAUCUUUAUUCAAAUGAAGAUUAUUUACAAUUACCUGUCGAAGCAAUCUCACCAUUAAGUAAAAAUACAGUUGCAUGUGAAUCUGGUCCGGAUGUUGGUUUAGUUGAUAUUGCUCGUCAUCAAAAAAAAGGAAUUUUAAAAGUGAAUAAUUCCAUAAAAGUAGCUGGUCAAUACAAUUGGCAAAUGGCUAAUGAACAAUUUGCUUGUGGUCUGUCAACAUCACUUUAUGAUCAUAAUCCAUUUACAGGAGAAGUAAAUGGUGAACCAAUAGCUGAUUGCUUUGCAAUAUGUGCACAAGAAAAUAAUGCUAUUUUAUCAAUUGCUGAUGGUGUUAACUGGGGAUAUAAACCACGACUUGCUGCUCGAUGUGCAGUACAUGGCGCGAUGGCUAGUCUUAAUCAGCAACUAUUUGAAAGGAAAUUAAAUACUACAAAAGAUGUAUUCGAACGAAUAAGUGUAGCGAUUGAUGCAGCUCAACAAUUAAUUCUUGACAAUGAAGGUUCACUGACAACAUUAACUAUUAGUAUUGUUUGUCCAUCGAAUCGGCGAUGGAUUGUUUGUUCAGCUAUAAUUGGUGAUUCAAAUGCUUAUGUUUAUAGUCGAAAAAAAAAAACACUAUAA